AUGGCUGAUACCGAUGCACAUUCCUCCGAGGCUCAGCAGGCAGACAUACAUGCUGGGCCAGAUACCACCACGGCAGUACCACCACCGGUGACGGACUCGGAGACGUCACAGGAGGAUAAGCUCGACGAUGAAGCUGCACGGCCGGAGGAGACGCAGCCCGAGUCUGAAGACGAGGGAGAACCUGAUGACGACGCUACGGAACCACACGCCGAUGAUGCUGAUGCUGCCGAUGACGAUGAGGGAGAUGACAAUGCAACGGAGAAAGCUUCGGAUCAGAUACCUGCAGUCGUAACGGAGCAGUCGAGGCCGCGCUCAGACUCCCGGUCGACAAUUGCAACGCAGUCGGGCCAGCAGCGGUCCGCUCCGCUCAGCUCAGCUGUCUUUGUGAUCACAGCCUUGGACACGAUAGCAGCCUCCAAGGAAGCACGGCGGAGCAAGGAACUGGAUGAGGCCGUCAAGCAGGCCCAAUCCAAUAUCAAGCAAUCCGAGCAGCAGCCCAUCGACCCCGAAACGAUCUUCCUCCCCUUGCAAUUGGCAAGCAAGUCAGACAGUAUCCCGCUACAGGUGACUGCUCUGGACUGUAUCGGCAAACUAAUCACCUACUCAUACUUCGCCUUCCCCUCCGUGCCAGACGGGAGUGAGUCCGCGGAUCAGCCUCCCCUUAUAGAGCGCGCAAUUGAGACGAUAUGUGACUGCUUUGAGAACGAGCAUACUGCGGUAGAGAUCCAGCAGCAGAUCAUCCAGUCGCUGUUGGCUGCAGUGCUCAAUGACAAGAUUGUCGUCCACGGAGCUGGCUUGUUGAAGGCAGUUCGACAGAUAUACAACAUCUUCAUCUACUCGAAAUCCGGCCAGAAUCAGCAGAUAGCACAGGGAUCCCUGACUCAGAUGAUAGGCACGGUUUACGACCGCGUGCGCGCAAGGCUAGAUCUCAAGGAGGUUCGCGUACAGGAGGCGGAGACUCGCGAAAACCGCAAUGACUCUACUGCUGAGACGCCCCUUAACCCCUCUGACGAUGGCGCUGCCAAUGACGUCGAGGUGCAUUCCGAUAUUGGGUCUUCGGCCGUCUCAGAUCAGCCUGUCGCAAAGGAGCCAACUGAGAAAUUGACCCUACAGAGUUUUGAGACAAACAAGGACGAUGCAAUGGUCAACGACAGUGCGCCAACUAUGGUUACCAGGGCAAAAGCGACAAGAAAAACUUCAAGGUCGGGUGAAGACCUUGAUCCAACUGCCGAUGAGGAAGAUGAGAUAUAUAUCAAAGAUGCGUUCCUGGUUUUCAGAGCUCUAUGCAAACUCAGCCAUAAGAUACUCACCCAUGAACAACAGCAGGAUCUCAAGGCGCAAAAUAUGAGGUCGAAAUUACUUGCCCUACACCUAAUGCAGCAUCUCCUAAACAAUCACAUUGCCGUAUUCACAUCCCCUAUUGCAACCAUCAGGCACGGCUCAAACUCUGACGAUAAAUUGGAGGUUUUCUUCAAGGAGAUCUACCUCGCCAUCCUCGAGAAGCGUAACUCUCCAAUAUUUCAGAAACAAAGCUUCAUGCGUAUUUUGGAACGGUUGUCUGGUGAUCCAAGAGCGUUAGUUGAGAUAUACCUAAAUUAUGACUGCGACCGUACUGCUCUAGAGAAUUUGUUCCAAGGAAUCAUUGAGCAGCUUUCACGCAUGUCAAGUAUUCCUGUUACUGUUACUGCAUCCCAACAGCAACAGUAUGAGCAACAGCAUUCCAAAACCCCCUCUACCCCAGGCGACUGGCAUAACCGUGGCACUCUCCUUCCAUCCCUCACAACCGCCAAGAUAGACCAACCCACCCCUCUCACCAGCAACCAAAAUUUUCCCCCAGAGUAUGCCAUGAAACAAAAUGCACUGGAAUGUCUUGUGGAAAUCUUGCGCUCUCUCGACAUCUGGUCCUCGCAAGAAAGGGAGCCAAAAUCCGUAGGCCGUGGAUUGAUGUCACGCAGCUCAGCUGAUAUCUCUAGAGAUUCUAUAGACACCACACAAGGCGCGGCGGCUCCGUCACCUCGUGUUGAGAGUACUGACCCAGAUACAGGCGCAUCCUCUCCAGUGCCCGAGGAUGAUCCUAACGAGAUAGAAAAAGUUAAGCAACGAAAAAUUGCAUUGACAAAUGCCAUCCGGACUUUUAAUUUCAAACCUAAGCGCGGAAUGAAACUCUUGCUCUCUGAAGGAUUCAUCCCAUCCACCUCCCCAGCUGAUAUUGCCAAUUUCCUCUUCAGAAAUGACCGACUGGAUAAGGCAACCCUCGGAGAGUACCUUGGAGAAGGUGACGCUGAAAAUAUUGCUGUCAUGCAUGCUUUUGUGGACUGUAUGGACUUUACUAAACGUCGAUUUGCGGAUGCACUUCGGCAUUUCCUCCAAAGCUUCAGGUUGCCAGGAGAGUCACAGAAGAUCGAUCGAUUUAUGCUGAAGUUUGCCCAGCGAUAUGUGACGCAAAACCCCAACGCAUUCGCAUCGGCAGAUGCGGCUUAUGUUCUCGCCUAUUCGGUAAUCUUGCUUAAUACUGAUCUGCACAGCACCAAAAUGAAAGGUCGUCGCAUGACCAAAGAUGAUUUUAUUAAGAACAAUAAGGGAAUCAACGACAAUUCUGAUCUACCAGAUGAGUACCUCAGCGGCAUUUAUGACGAAAUUCUGAAUAAUGAGAUCGUCCUGCGAACCGAACGUGAAAAUGCUGCAAACAUGGGCCAUUUACCCGCGCCCCAGCCUGGACUCGCGUCAAGGGCUGGCCAGGCAUUGGCGACUGUUGGCAGAGAUAUUCAGGGGGAAAAAUAUGCGCAGGCAUCAGAGGAAAUAUCUAGCAAGACUGAGCAGCUGUAUAGAAGCCUGAUUCGAGCACAGAGGAAGUCGGCCAUGAAAGAGGCACUGUCUCGCUUUAUUCCUGCAACUUCAGUACGCCACGUUGGAUCGAUGUUCAAUGUAACUUGGAUGUCCUUCCUUUCUGGCCUCUCAGCGCAAGUCCAGGAUACGCAGAAUCGAGAAACCAUCCGCUUAUGUAUGGAUGGAAUCAGGCUGGCAAUUCGGAUUUCGUGCAUGUUUGAUCUCGAGACGCCGCGGGUUGCUUUCGUCACUGCCCUAGCAAAGUUCACCAAUCUAAGCAACCUCCGGGAAAUGGCCGCGAAGAACUUGGAAGCUCUUAAGGUGCUGCUUGACGUCGCCAUUACCGAAGGUGACCAUUUGCAAAGCUCCUGGAGAGAUAUCUUGACCUGCAUCAGCCAACUCGAUCGACUCCAGCUCCUCACAGACGGCGUUGAUGAAGGCUCGUUGCCAGAUGUAUCGAGGGCCACACCUUCUUCCAACUCUCACUCUCAAAAAUCGCUUCAUGUUCCAAGAAAACCACGCCCCCGCUCGGCCAAUGGCCCAGCGUCAUUCCGACGCGAUGUUGCGAUCGAGAGCCGCUCAGCUGAAAUGGUCAGAGGUGUGGAUAUGAUAUUUACAAACACCGCCAACCUCAAGCAAGAGGCGCUUGUGGAUUUUGUCCGGGCACUGAACGCUGUUAGUUGGCAGGAGAUCCAAUCUUCUGGCCAAAGCGAAUCCCCACGUACCUACAGUCUUCAGAAGCUAGUGGAAAUAAGCUACUACAACAUGACACGAGUUCGAAUUGAAUGGAGUAAAAUUUGGGAAGUUCUUGGUGAACAUUUUAACCACGUUGGCUGUAAUGCUAAUACCGCCGUUGUGUUUUUUGCUCUUGACUCUCUAAGACAGCUGUCCAUGCGAUUUAUGGAGAUCGAGGAGCUUCCUGGCUUCAAAUUUCAGAAGGAUUUCCUAAAGCCAUUUGAACACGUCAUGGCCAAUAGCACCGCUGUGAAUGUGAAAGAUAUGGUUCUACGAUGUCUUAUCCAGAUGAUUCAAGCCCGUGGUGACAAUAUUCGCUCAGGCUGGAAGACGAUGUUCAGGGUAUUCUCUGUCGCUGCAUCAGAACCGUAUGAGGGAAUUGUCAACAUGGCAUUCGAGCAUGUGACUCAAAUCUACAAAACUCGAUUUGGUGUUGUCGUCUCUCAGGGGGCUUUCGCCGAUUUGGUUGUUUGCCUCACUGAAUUCUCAAAAAACCUCAAGUUCCAAAAGAAGUCCCUUCAAGCAAUUGAAACACUGAAGUCUACGAUUCCGAAGAUGCUAAAAACGCCUGAAUGCCCUCUUUCCCACCGCCGCACAAACUCUGGCUCUUCCCAAGGCGAGGUUGUCGCUCAGGCACCCAGUGGCCAGUCCCCUGAAGAACAAUUUUGGUAUCCGCUUUUAAUUGCAUUCCAGGACGUCCUUAUGACUGGCGAUGACCUGGAAGUUCGAUCGAGGGCCCUUACAUAUCUUUUCGAAACCCUUGUUCGGUACGGCGGCGACUUUCCUCCCGCCUUUUGGGAUGUACUAUGGCGCCAACUCCUCUAUCCCAUUUUCGUCGUCUUACAGUCCAAGUCCGAGAUGUCCAAGGUUCCAAAUCACGAGGAGCUCUCGGUCUGGCUAUCGACUACCAUGAUCCAAGCAUUACGAAACAUGAUCACCCUGUUUACGCAUUACUUCGACGCCUUAGAAUAUAUGUUGGAUAGAUUCUUGGAGCUUCUAACCUUGUGCAUAUGCCAGGAGAACGAUACCAUCGCCAGGAUUGGAAGCAACUGUCUCCAGCAACUAAUCUUACAAAAUGUCAAUAAAUUUACGGCCGAGCACUGGGAGAAGAUUGUCGGGGCGUUUGUAGAACUGUUCGAAAGAACCACUGCUUAUGAACUCUUCACUGCUGCAUCGAUCGCCCCAACUAUUCCGCCAGAGCGCCGACACACUGAUGAAGCCACGUCACAGGCUGAUCCGGGCUCACCCUCCGCUAAGUCCAACGGAGGCCAGGAAUCGACGCGACAAAGCGAGGACAGUGAAGAUGUUCAGCAAACGCAACUCCCGGCAGCUUCAUCCGAACUAGAAGACUAUCGCCCUCAACCUGACCUACAGCAACCUCCUACCGUCGUCACUGCUGCCCGACGACGAUUCUUCAACCGCAUCAUCAUCAAUUGUGUCCUUCAAAUUUUAAUGAUUGAAACUGUCAACGAACUGUUCUCUAAUGAUGCAGUUUAUUCCCAAAUUCCUAGCAAGGAGCUAUUGCGCUUGAUGGCUAUGCUGAAGAAGAGCUACCAGUUUGCGAAGAAAUUCAACGGGGCCAAGGAUUUGAGGCUCAAGUUGUGGAAGCAGGGCUUCAUGAAGCAACCACCGAAUCUCCUCAACCAAGAGAGCGGCAGUGCAGCUACCUACAUCAAUAUUCUCUUCCGUAUGUACCAUGAUGAGCGCGAGGAGCGGAAGAAAAGCCGUACUGAAACUGAGGAUGCCCUCAUACCUCUGUGUGCGGACAUUAUAAGGCGAUACGUUCAGUUAGACGAGGAAUCCCAGCAACGGAAUAUCACUGCUUGGCGACCUGUAGUGGUUGAUGUUGUUGAAGGAUAUACAGGGUUCCCGCGAGAGACCUUUGAAAAGCACAUUGAAACCUUCUAUCCGAUCACGGUUGAUCUCCUUUCCCGUGACCUCAACGUCGAGAUCCGACUUGCUAUCCAAGCCCUACUUCGCAGAGUCGGAGAAUGUCGAUUAGGGAUGGCGCCGCGAACCCCAUCAGAGCCGCCAACUAGUCCACGAGGUUCUAUUUCACAUGGCUAUUUCAAUGGCCGACGGCAAAGUGUAGGACGAUAG